ACUUACCGCUUUACCCCUUCCCUUCUUCUUCUUCUUCUUCUUCUUCUUCGGGACCCCUCCCCUCCGUCGCCGCACUGGGCACUCCGGCAUUCUCCCGCUCAGCCCCGGCCACGCGCCUGCAGCGAGCGAGCGCGCUAGGCAAUGGGAGUUCCCAUCCCUCUCUCCCGCUCCAACCCGAUAUCUCUGCAGGACGCAAGCGCCAACUCCGCCUCCCGCCCGCCGACGCCGUGCGGCGACGGGAUCGAGCCAACCUCAGCGCUGCAUCCUCCACAUGUGUCCGUACCCUAGCCGCCCGCCCGCCCCUCCCCAAGGUAUAGUUUGUGCUCGGAUUUUUCUUAAUUGAUUAAUUAAUUCAAUUAUUAUUUGGAUAGCAGGGCGUGAUUUGGUUUGAUUGGGCGCAUAAAGAUAACUGUAAGUGAAACACGAUAGCCCAGGUUCACAAAUAGGCGUUCAGGAUGAUUCUCUUGGAGAUCCUGUGGAGGGCGUAUACUCAUUAGCAUUAUCAUGUUAUGGAUUUUAUUAUGUCGACCAUCUGCAUCUCUUUCAAGAUUCUCAGAUAAUUCAUGUCCGAGGAAGGAAGCUUGAUGAUGGGGAUAGGUUGUUGUGGAUCAUUGACCAACUUUCCUGCAACUGCGACCAAGACAGACCAAGUCUUUGGCAUCAUUGCCAUGUCCAUUUCCUCUCCUUGAUAACUGACCUGCUGGCACUUUGCAGAGUCAGCUAACUUGUGCUUGGGCUUACAAUAGGAUACUUCAUCCAACUGUAACAUAUGUCAUGUGCAAUUUCUUUCUUUCUUUCUUUGGUACUUGGAUGGCGGCAAAGAAAUAAUGGUCAGUGGGGAGCCAGCUUUCCUGAUAUUCAGGUCACCUGAGACUUCCAUUUGGCGGAUCCUGGUGUGCAGAAGCUGUAGAUUGCAUAACAAGCAGAGAAUGGUUUUUUUCAGUCAUCUGGGGAGUGUCUGCGGGAAAACAAAAAAUAGAUCAUCUGGGGCGUGACCAUGGAUUAAAAUCGCGGGAGAAAUGAUUUCGCGGCGGCCUCUCCCAGGAGCUAUAGCGGCAAAUAGCGGAAAAUUUUCUGAUGGGAGAGAUGAUUUUGGAGGGUUUUGCUGAUUUUUGAGCCAUUUAUAGGGAUAUGUUGAGGUUUGCGCGGCAACAGCCAUAGCUUAGCGGCGAGGCUCUCACGCAGCUAUAGCGCAGCUAUCGCGGCUAUUUCGCGGGCUAUUUUAAUCUAUGGGCGUGACCUCAAUAGAACCAAGCCAAACAAGCCGGCAGCCCGGCACUGAAGAAGUUUCAACUCCCCUACCCUUCCAACAUACGUAUAUCUAAGCACGCACACAAAGCAUUUGACACCCAAUCUCUGAUUGUUCCUCAAGAACAGAGAAAUGGCUCCUCAAGUUUUCGGCACCCAAUCUCCGAUUGUUCCUUCCCACCAUGCUCUCUUUCUUCUCUGCGCCAUCCUUGUAUUUCUGUCCUCCAACACAAUGGUGUUCACAUCAGCACAAGCUAGCAACAGAUCCGAGAGUGACCGGCAAGCCCUUCUCUGCUUCAAAUCUGGCAUCUCCUUGGACCCAGCCAGUGUUCUCCGAUCAUGGCGCAAUGACUCGCUUGACUUCUGCAGCUGGCGAGGGGUCACCUGCAGCAUGGCCCUCCCAGUCCGUGUUGUGUCCAUACAAUUCAGGUCUUCAUGGCUCACAGGAACACUAUCCAGAUGCAUAGCAGGCCUUAGUUCUCUAAAGAAUAUGGAGCUUCCAAGUAAUCAAUUUUCUGGACGCAUACCUGACAAGAUAGGUGAGCUUCGGAGCCUCCAAGCUCUGAAUCUUGAGGGCAACAACCUUGCAGGUAACAUCCCUCUGUCAUUAGGUGCGUCAGCAUCUCUUAGCUAUGUCAAUCUUGCAAACAAUUCUCUUACCGGAGCUAUCCCUGAUUCCUUAUCAAAUAGUUCAUCACUCAGUGAGAUAAUCCUCUCACGUAAUCGCUUGCAUGGGGUGAUCUCAGCUAAUUUGUUCAACUCAUCCAAACUUCGUCUUGUUGAUCUCCAGUUUAAUAUUCUUCGUGGGGCUAUCCCACAUUUCCAAAAGAUGGGAGCUCUACAAUUUCUCGGUCUUACAGGGAAUUCACUUUCUGGUACUGUACCAGCAUCUUUGGGUAAUGUUUCAUCAUUGCGUUCCCUCUUGCUAGCACAAAACAACUUGGGAGGAUCAAUUCCAGAAACUUUGGGUCAAAUUCCAAACCUAAUAAUGCUAGAUCUAAGUUACAAUAGAUUAUCAGGGUAUGUCCCAGCCACACUGUACAAUAUGUCAUCACUCGCACUCUUUAGCCUACGCAGCAACAGUUUUAUUGGAGAGAUACCUUCUGACAUUGGCCACUCACUUCCGAAUCUCCAAACACUGGAAAUGGGAGGCAACAAGUUUCUUGGAUUGGUCCCAUAUUCUCUGACCAGCAUGUCAAACCUCCGAGUGCUUGAUCUUUCAAGCAACUUACUGAUGGGCGUGGUGCCAUCUCUAGGAUCCAUGGCAAACUUGAGUCAACUGUUUCUACGAGAUAAUAAACUCAAAGCUGGUGACUGGGCGUUCCUUACCUCUCUGACCAAUUGCACACAGUUAAGAUUAUUAUCAGUGGAUGGGAAUAUCCUGAAUGGAAUUUUGCCAAAAGCAGUUGGCAACCUUUCAACAAGGCUGGAGUGGUUAAACUUAGGAGGAAACCAGAUUUCGGGAAACAUACCAGCUGAGAUAGGCAACCUUGUAAACCUCGCUCUACUUGACAUGGGCCAGAACAUGCUCUCAGGAAAAAUUCCCCUGACGGUUUGGAACUUGAGCAACUUGUUUCUUCUGAGACUAUCCAUGAAUAAGUUGUCAGGUGAAAUUCCAUCAACAGUGGGUAAUCUUGCUCAACUCAGCGAGCUUUAUCUUCAUGGCAAUGAGUUGUCUGGAGCCAUACCGGCAAAUAUAGGACAAUGCCAAAGGCUGCUUUUGCUGGACUUGUCAUUUAACCAUCUUGAUGGAUCUAUACCAGUUGAACUCCUCAAUAUUUCUUCCCUUGCCUUGGGUUUGGACUUGUCAAACAAUAACCUGGCAGGGUUGAUACCACCGCAAAUUGGUAACUUGAUCAAUCUUGGGUUACUACGUGUUUCCAACAACAAAUUAUCUGGUGAACUUCCUUCUGCACUUGGCCUGUGCGUUACAUUGGUAUCCCUUGACAUGGAAGGAAACAUGUUUAGUGGAAUUAUUCCUCAGUCUUUCAGUGCUUUGAAGGGCAUACAACAAAUAGAUCUGUCUUGGAAUAAUUUAACUGGUCAAGUUCCACAGUUUUUCGGGAACUUCAGCAGCUUAAAUUAUAUUGAUAUAUCAUACAACAAAUUUGAAGGGCCAAUCCCAACUGGUGGUAUAUUUGGAAACAUAACGGCAGUAUCCCUGCAAGGCAACACAGGGUUAUGUGAAACAGCUGCUGCUAUAUUUGGACUGCCCAUUUGCCCCACCACCUCAGCAACAAAAAGGAAGAUCAACACACGGCUGCUACUGAUAAUAGGUCCGCCAGUUACUAUUGCUCUGUUCUCAUUCUUAUGUGUUGCUGUCACUGUUAUGAAGGGGAGCAAAACUCAACCAACUGAAAACUUCAAGGAGACAAUGAAGAGAGUGUCAUAUGGUGACAUUCUUAAAGCGACCAACUGGUUCUCUCUGGUCAACAGGAUCAGUUCAAGUCAUACAGCAUCAGUCUACAUUGGUCGGUUUGAGUUUGAGACAGACCUAGUGGCCAUCAAGGUGUUCCAUCUUAACGAGCAAGGUUCGAGAAAUAGCUUUUUCACCGAGUGUGAAGUGCUAAAACACACCCGCCACCGCAAUCUGGUUCAAGCUAUCACCAUGUGCUCGACAGUAGAUUUCGAGGGCGAUGAGUUCAAGGCUAUUGUAUACGAGUUCAUGGCAAACGGUAGCCUGGACAUGUGGAUACACCCAAGGGUUCACGGAGGCAGCCCAAGGAGGCUACUGAGCUUGGGUCAGAGGAUACGCAUUGCUGCUGAUGUAGUUUCUGCUCUGGACUAUAUGCACAACCAGCUUACACCUCCUUUGAUUCACUGCGAUUUGAAGCCAGGCAAUGUUCUGUUGGACUACGACAUGACCUCACGCAUCGGUGACUUCGGGUCCGCCAAGUUUCUCUCUUCAGGUAUUGGUGGAUCAGAAGGCUUGGUUGGUGUCAGAGGAACGAUCGGAUAUAUUGCGCCUGAAUAUGGGAUGGGAUGCAAGAUCUCGACAGGCGGUGAUGUGUACGGUUUCGGGGUGCUGCUACUGGAGAUGCUCACGGCGAUGCGACCGACGGGCGCGCUAUGCGGCAACGCCCUCAGCCUCCACAAGUAUGUCGACUUGGCUUUCCCUGAGAGGAUCGGUGAGGUUCUAGAUCCCGACAUGCCUUUCGAGGAGGAUCCGGCGGCUGCUUCCUUAUGUAUGCAGAAGUACAUUAUACCUCUGGUCAGUAUUGGCCUGACGUGUACCAUGGAAUCACCGAAAGAUAGACCAGGAAUGCAUGAUGUCUGUGCCAAGAUUGUUGCCAUCAAGGAGGCAUUUGUCGAAACCUUUUGAUUAUGGCAACUAGUGGGAUGUGCAUGCAACUUGAUGUGUGUAUAUAUCUUCAAAAGUACAGUUAUACAAAAUUAUAACUGUAACAGUUCUAAUUAUGUGUCUGAUUAGUAUCCACUGCUAUGCUAUAUACUGGCCAAAAUCUGCGGUGCAGUAUCUCAUAUUGAAGCGAUCCUUUUUUUUUUAGCAUCUGAAAGCGAACGUCGAAGCUCUUUUUAAAACUUUGUUUCACAGAAUUACAGAGGUGCAAUUUCCUGCCUGAAAUGCUAUUAGUUAGGCAUUCUUCACAUUAGAUGCUGUGGGUUUGGGUUCUUUCCUUGGAUCCAUGAGCCAAUGAGUGUCAAAUAUUGGAGGUUUUGCACAUUUAUGCUGACUUAUGCUUUCUGGUUUUCCUGAAAUUCAGGUUGUUUCCUCAACUCGGCAAAGUUAAGAAUCUGGAAAAGGAAAGCUACCAAGUUGCGGCUUUGGGCUUCCUGGUUUCCACAGGAUUCAGGUUGUUUGCUCGACUCGACAGGCUAGGAGUUUCGGAAAAAGGGAAGGCGAAGCGAAGAAACGACUCGCCUUGCACCUCACAAGGAAGGCGAGUGUUGUCGGUUUUGAUUCUGCCUUUGGAGCCAAGGAUGUCGAGUAUUCGCAGGCAUUCGAAUUUAUUUAAACACGAGACAACAAGAACUACUCAAAACAAGGUGCACCAGGAAACCCGGCGUCUGCGGCUUCCGCUGUUUCUUAAAUUUCAGGUUGUUUCCUCAACUCAAGUCGGCAAGUUAGGAAUUUGGGGAAAAGGAAGGCACCGAAUUCGGCUUUCAUGGAAUUCAGGUUGUCUCGCCCACAAGCAAGGAAUUGGAGAAAGGAAAUGCGGAAGGUCCAGAGUGGGGUUCAUCCUGAAGGAUGGAAUAUAUGAGCCUUGCAUCAGGAGAGGAAAGCAUAUAUGGAGUACACCAUUGUCUCUGCCCUGCUCGUCCACCGCCAUUGUCAGCUGACCCGUCGCUAUUUCCGUCGUCGACGGCACGCCGGCCGGCCAGGCCAUCGCUGACCCGUCCGGCCGUUUUUCCCCUCCGCCGUGUUUGUCCAACACCGCCGGUCCGCUGCCCCGCCACCGUCAUCCGAGAGCAUAGGAAAAGCACGCAGCUCUCCUCGGAUGGCCUCCAGUGAGAUUCCCAACAAGCAAGGUAAAAACGCUGGAAAUUUCAGAAGGGCAAAAAUCAGUGCCAAGCAGAAAGUGAGAAGAAGAAAAAAAAAACAUCUAUGUCGUGCAUACUUCUUGUUGAGAAAUAUAAUAACACGUUGUAGUACCAUACGGUACGGCCCCAAAUCCAAAGACUUUCAGAGGGUGCAUUUCUGAAUACUCAGAGCCUACCCAUCAAUAAACAAAACAACAAACUAGGGCCUUUUAGUUUUAGGGUUGAAGAUUUAGAAAAUUUCGACAUACGAAAAUCGCAUAACCGAGCUUUCUUUCGCUCGUUGUGAACACUCACAUGAUCUUAUAAAAACACAAGAAAUUAGCAA